GGAGGGGCGGGGCCACGCUGCGGGCCCGGGCCAUGGCCGCCGCCGACGCCGAGGCAGUUCUGGCUAAGAGUGAGAUGAAGCAGGAUUGCUGCAUGAAAACUGAGCUUCUGGCAGAAGGCCAAGAAGAGAUCAACUGUGGUUAUAAAUUUAUCAAUCAAAUACCUUGGAAAUGCCCAACAAUCUAGUUGAAAAAGAAAACAUAAGCAACCAGCAUCACAAUCUUCCAGCCGUACUGUUCUAAAUAUCUUAACAGAGAUUAAAAGAUGCAAAAAGGGGAACACAGCCCACAGUGACAAGAAAAAAACUGAAUAGAACACCCAGAAAGGAUAAGAGAUGAUGGAACUACCAGAUCUGAAUGUCAAAGGACAUUUUACUUGGAUAACAGAAUUUAGCCUUACUAAUAAGGUGGCAUUAGUAACUUGCAUGCUCAUCUAAGAACUCUUCACCUGAGGUCUCUAUGGCUGCUGAUGAAGGCUCAGCAGAGAAGCAGGGAGGAGAGACCCCUUCAACUACAGAUGGUGAAGCCAACGGAUCCUGUGAGCAGAGCGAUGCAAGCAGUCAUCUAAAUGCAGUGAAACAUACUCAGGAAAGUACAAAAGUCAGCCCACAGGAAGGCUCUAAGAAGCUAGCCCGAAUAUCGGAAAAUGGGAUUUCAGAAAGAGACAUAGAAGUGGGGAAGCAAAACCACGUGAGAGCGGAUGACUUCACACAGACUUCCGUCAUUGGGAGCAAUGGGUUCUUCCUGAGUAAGCCCACCCUGCAGGAGCCGCCCUUACGGAUUACCAGCACUUUGGCUUCUUCACUUCCUGGUCAUGCUGCAAAGACCCUUCCCGGAGGAGCUGGCAAGGGGAGGACUCCCAGUAUGUGUCCCCAGAUGCCAACUACAGCACCAGCCAAGCUUGGGGAAGGCAGCAAAGACACAGAAGAAAAGAAGCCCGCGGUUCCUGGUGCUGAUGUCAAGGUUCACAGGGCACGGAAGACCAUGCCUAAGUCCAUCCUGGGUCUGCAUGCAGCCAGUAAAGAUUCCAGAGAAGCUCGAGAGCACGAGGAGCCAAAAGAGGACAUGAACACAAGCAUUUCUGAUUUUGGACGACAGCAGCUUUUAUCCCCCUUCCCAUCCCUUCACCAGUCGCUACCUCAGAACCAGUGCUACAUGGCCACCACAAAGUCACAGACAGCUUGCUUGCCUUUUGUUUUAGCAGCUGCAGUGUCUCGGAAGAAAAAACGAAGAAUGGGAACCUAUAGCCUGGUUCCUAAGAAAAAGACCAAAGUAUUAAAGCAGAGGACGGUGAUUGAGAUGUUUAAGAGUAUAACUCAUUCCACUGUGGGGCCCAAGGGUGAGAAGGACCUGAGUGACAGCACCCUUCAUGUGAAUGGCGAAAGCCUGGAGAUGGACUCGGAUGAAGAUGACUCAGAGGAGCUGGAUGAGGACGAGGACCAUGGAGCCAAGCAGGCAGUGGCAGCAUUCCCCACAGAGGACAGUAGGACAUCCAAAGAGAGUAUGUCUGAAACUGAACGUGCCCAGAAGAUGGACGGCGAGUCUGAAGAGGAACAGGAGUCGGCCGGCACCGGGGAGGAGGAGGAGGAUGGAGACGAGUCUGAUUUGAGUUCUGAGUGUAGCAUCAAGAAGAAACUCCUCAAGCGGAGAGGGAAGCCCGACAGCCCCUGGAUCAAGCCAGCCAGGAAAAGGAGGCGGAAAAGUAAAAAGAAGCCAAGCAGUGGUCCAGGUUCUGACGCGUACGCAUCAUCCUCAGGAAGCGCAGAGCAGGCGGUGCCAGGAGACAGCACGGGCUACAUGGAUCUGGACUCCCUGGAUCUGCAUGUCAAGGGGACACUGUCCUCACAAGCAGAAGGACUGGCCAACGGACCUGAGGUGGUGGAGACGGAUGGCCUCCAGGAGGUGCCCCUCUGCAGCUGCCGUAUGGAAACCCCAAAAAGCCGAGAGAUCACCACUCUGGCCAACAACCAGUGCAUGGCUACAGAGUGUGUAGACCAUGAGCUGGGCAGGUGCACAAACAGUGUGGUCAAGCAUGAGCUAAUGCGUCCAUCCAGCAAGGCGCCACUCCUGGUGCUGUGUGAAGACCAUCGGGGCCGCAUGGUGAAGCACCAGUGCUGUCCCGGCUGUGGCUACUUCUGCACAGCAGGCAAUUUUAUGGAAUGUCAGCCUGAGAGUAGCAUCUCUCACCGUUUCCACAAAGACUGUGCCUCUCGAGUCAAUAAUGCCAGCUAUUGUCCCCACUGCGGGGAGGAGAUCUCUAAGGCCAAAGAGGUGACUAUCGCAAAAGCAGACACGACCUCGACCGUGACGCUGGCCCCUGGACAGGAGAAGAGCUCCUUGGGGGAAGGCAGGGCCGACACUACCACAGGCAGCGCUGUUGGACCCCUGCUCUCCGAGGAUGACAAGCCACAAAGCACAGCUGCCCAGGCCCCUGAAGGCUCCGACCUAUCUGGGCAAGUCGGACUCACAAAGCCGACGCCCAGCCUUUCCCAGGGACCAGGAAAGGAGACCUUGGAAAGUGCUCUCAUUGCUCUGGACUCAGAGAAGCCCAAGAAGCUCCGCUUCCACCCGAAGCAGCUGUACUUCUCAGCCAGGCAGGGGGAGCUGCAGAAGGUGCUUCUCAUGUUGGUUGAUGGAAUCGACCCUAACUUCAAAAUGGAGCACCAGAACAAGCGCUCCCCUCUGCAUGCCGCAGCUGAGGCUGGCCACGUGGAUAUCUGCCACAUGCUGAUCCAGGCGGGUGCAAAUAUUGACACAUGCUCAGAAGACCAGAGGACCCCAUUGAUGGAGGCAGCUGAGAACAAUCACUUGGAUGCAGUGAAGUAUCUCAUCAAAGCUGGGGCUCUUGUGGAUCCCAAGGUAUGCUCUCGGGUACAGAAUCACAGUUGUGUACAAGUGUCUCAUAAUGAUGUAUAGGGAUCAAUAAUCCCC